AUGAUCGAGGGCGACAAAUUAUAUGUGAACAACAUAAAUAAAAGCACCGAUGAAUUCACCGUGCUUGGUUAUGGUCCUUCCGCCAAAGUUAAUCUAUCGAGACGAUCAUGUAAUUGCAGAAAGUACGACUUGGUGAAAUUACCAUGCACUCAUGCAAUGGCAGCGUUGCGUUUGAAGCACGGGGACGAAGACAACACUAGCAUUUACAACUACUCUUCGCCCAUAUGUUCGAAAGAAUCAUACCUCCUUGCAUACUUGGAACCUAUUUGUGCAGUACCACUAGAGUCAGAGUGGAGUAUGGCAUGGGAGUAUCUAGAAAUAUAUGUUCUUCCACUUGAUUUCGAUCCCAAACUCAGGAGGAGGAAGGUGAAACACGUUAAGGGCGUGUUGGAGCCUUCUAGGAACAAGAAAAGGAACAAGUGCUCCAAGUGCAAAAGGCCGGGACAUAAGAGAAUAACAUACAACCUUAACGUAAGAUAA